AUGACGGAUGGCCACGCCCCCCAGGUCCCCGUGGCCACGAAGAGAGCGCGUCCGCUGUGGGCAGCCUGCGGUGCCGUGGUGAUGGCCGUCCUGCCACUGCUGGGUCUCAUGGUGGCGCGGGGGCCCGUGGAUGGCGCCGGAGACCUCACGGAGGGCUUCUGGGGCGCCAAAACUGCGUCUGUGAACUGGUGCGAGGCCGAUUACGCGGUCACGGCUUACAUCGCCGAGUUCUGGAACUCGCUGUCCUCGCUGGCGAUCGUGGUCAUUGGGUCGUAUGGCAUGUGGAUGCACUGGCGGGCAGUUGAGCCUCGCUACGUGGUGGCUUUUGCAUCAUUCAUUGUCGUAGGCUUAGGAAGCGCUGCUUUUCAUGGCACGCUGUGGCGAUCAAUGCAGCUGCUAGACGAACUACCCAUGUUGUGGGCAGACGGCGUAUUCAUUUACAUAUUGAUCACCAUGGAAGACGACAUGGAUCGCGAGCCCAGACGCGGUCUGAUGUUUGCAUUCGCCGCGGCCGAAGUACUAAUGACUUUGGCAGUUAUUAUCUUAGACACGAGCAGCCAGGAUGUGUUUUUGUUAUUUUAUGGGAGCCAAACCCUGUAUCUCUUCGUUGCGUCAGGGCGCUACGAUGUCAAGUACAACGCUCCGGGGACGGUGAUGCUGCUGGAGACGGGGCUGCUGUUCUACGGGGGUGGCUUCCUGCUGUGGCUCGUGGACCGCAACUUCUGCCCCCACGUCAGCAUGCUCUACCUCCACGUCUUCUGGCACGUCUUCGCCGGCCUCGGCACGUUCAGCAGCAUCCUGUUCUGGAUCUGGAUCAGGCACGAGUUCCUCGGCCUGCGGCCCGUGCUGCGGGGGGCGACCCCCCUGACCCGGUGGGUCGAGGCGGGCGAGAAGCUCGUGUGA